AACCAUACAAAUUUAAAUUUAUCCUCUGAUAUUUUCUUGUUCCUUCCUCUUUCGUCUCUACAUAUACGACCCUUCACGGUUCUGUACCCGAGAACACUACUGCUUCAGUCGUGUCAGAUCAAUAAGAUCAUGGGCGUCUUGGAUCACCUCUCCGAUUUGUGCAGCAUGACAGACACAAAGGCAGCCCUCAAGCUCAGGAAGAGGCGGCCGAUGCAGACGGUAAACAUCAAGGUGAAGAUGGACUGCGAGGGCUGCGAGAGGAGGGUCAAGAACGCCGUCAAGUCGAUUCGGGGUGUGACGGCCGUGUCAGUGAACCCCAAGAUGAGCAAGGUGACGGUGACGGGGUUCGUGGAGCCGAGCAAGGUGCUGGCGCGGGUGAAGAGCACCGGGAAGGUGGCCGAGAUGUGGCCCUACGUGCCGUACUCGCUCACCACCUAUCCCUACGUCGGCGGCGCCUACGACAAGAAGGCGCCGGCGGGCUUCGUCCGCGGCGCGCCGCAGGCCAUGGCCGACCCCGGGGCGCCGGAGGUCCGGUACAUGAACAUGUUCAACGACGAGGACGUCAACUCCUGCGCCAUCAUGUGAUGAUACCGACCCAUCUUGACGAUCUCCACCCUAGCCAGCCGGCCAGUCACC